UGCCAUAAAAUUAUAUUUGUUUGUAAACAACAACAGCAACUGUAGAAUUUCGUCAGGAAAUUAGAAAAAUUUAAAGUCAUCCGAUUGCAUAAAUGAGCACAAAUAUAUUCCAAAGAUAUAUUCGAUACACUGUCUAGAGGACACAACCCACCGAACACUGUAAGAGACCGAGGGAAAGACAAGCAGCGUCUUUGUUUUGGUUUUCACGAAAAAAAAACAUGUGUUGAGGCGUAGAAGAAGAAGAACAAUAACAACGCAUUUUCCACACUUCUUUGGGAUCAGCAACAGUCGUAAUAUUUUUUGGAACAAGAAGGAGCUGCCGUAAUGUCGCAAAUCGACAAUAUUUUCAUUCAAGUGAGGGCUCGUUUGCGCUCCGAGGGCAUCAAGUUGUGGGAGGAACCGUACUAUUCCGAGGAUUUGGGCAGCAUCGAGGCGGCCAUGGAGAACCUAGCCGCUAAGUACUCUGACUACUUUGGCAUUGCCUCCGAUCACUGCAAGUGCGUCCUCACCGAGCUGCAGGACAAUGCCCUCCGAAAGCUGGCUGCCCGCCAGGAGUUCUCCGUCACUGGAAUGGCCACCUUUAAGGUGCGUCGAAUUGACAAUCGUGGCGGCACCACCACCAUGCUGGACAUCAAAUGUGACCUCAACUCUCUGGGCUCUGAUCUUCAGGCCGCCAUAGCUGACAAGUUGAAGCUGCCGGAUGCCAAUCAUGUGAAAUGCAUUGCCGGUGGCAAGAUGGUGGCCUCCAAUGUCACCCUGUCCGCCCAGCAGCUGAAGAACAACCAGCAGUUGAUUGUGAUUGUCGGCCAGGCCGAUAACCGGAAUGGAGCACUUUACGAGAGGAUCAAUCGAAUCAAGAAGGAUGUGGAGACGGUGGUUUCGUCGGAUAAUCAAAUGAUGGAGAUGGAAGACCAGAAUGGCAGUCCCGUCUUCCUCCCACCCGCCGAGAAUCGUGCCCUGCUCAUGGGUCUGGGCUUCUGUGAAAAGGCACGAGCUGCCAUGCAACGCGAGGACUACGAGGAGGCCCUGUUGCUGCUCCUGGAGGCGGAUGAGCGGUUUGCCACUUGCAACUCACAGUUCCUUGAGUCCGUUGACAACUAUGCCCUUCUCAACCUGGACAUUGUGUGGUGCUAUUUGUGCCUCAAGAACGUGACCCAGUUGCCGGAUGCCGAUCGUCGCUUGGGAAUCUGUGAGAAGAGCUUCAAACGGAGCUAUGGCGAAGGCUUCAAGAGACUGUAUUCCCUCAAGGGCAAAGCCUGUCCCGAAAGGGCUCUCAUCAUGCGGCUGCACUUGCUCCAGGGUGUGGUCCUCUUCCACCAGAAUCGUCGCGACGAGGCAUUUGAACGCUUCGAACAGGCUUCCGCCUUGUUGGGGGAACUGAAAGUCAACGAGCACGACCUAACCACGCUGAUGGAGAUGGGCUUCGAGCUAAGCGAGUCCCGGCUGGCUCUCCGGUCCUGUUCCGGUUCCCGUGAUGUCGGCCAGGCUAUUCAGUUCAUCCAGGAGCGUCGGCAGCAGUUGAAGAAUGCCCGGAAACAGUCCAAGGCGGAGAGAUCCAUGCAAAGGAAGUACAAUAGAUCCAAGAACAAGGACUGCGAUUGGGUGAAUCCUAGGAGUAUUUGCACGCUGACCGAAAUGGGUUUCGAUCGUCGAUUGGCCAAACUGGCGCUACAAAGAAGCAACAACGAUGUGCCACAAGCGGUGGAACUCCUGCAGACCCAGUUCGAUGAUCUGGUGUCUGCCUUGCCCAGAACCAGUGUCUCUGCGGAUGACGAUCAGCUGAAGCAUCUCCUCCAUUUGGGCUUUGAAGAGACCGCCGUACGGGCAGCCCUCGAAAGCACCCACAAUGAUGUGGAGAGAGCCAUUGAAUUUUUGCUACGCUCCUUCCAAACUGAAGAGGAGCUCAAGGAAACCAUGGAUCGAAUCCGAAAUCUAUCAAUCCAAGAGAAUGAGCCCUCUACCUCCAGCUCUAGCUUGAGUUCAAUGUCGCCACUAUUGUCGCCAAUUAUGAACUCAGUUCUACGUCAAGCUCAAGAAGAGAUAGAUGCCAUGCAGGCCUAUCAGCGUUUCAACUCGGACAUCAACCAGAAUGAUCAGGACUAUUUGGAUUUGCCAUUGGUUCUGGAAGAGCAACUCCUGGCAGAGUAUCGUCACCUUCUAGAGCAGUAAGGUUCAUACAUAUUUUUUGUUUUUUUGUAACUAAACCGGUUUCCUAUGGAGAGAUAACUGUAAUCAUGACUUGUAUAUUGCAAAUCGUUGUUUUAUAAUGGCACUUAAGUGGCAUUCAUUCAACUACAUAGCCCCUUCCCCUA